AUGCAGAAUGCCAACAGUGUGAGUGUUGAGUCACAAACACCGGCAGCCCCACCUCACUUCGACCUGUCAUUCAUGAUUCGUGAAGCACGAUUGACGAUUGCUGUGAUUGAGCUUAAACCUCGAUUCGUGAUUGCUGCCCCUUCCGGCCGAGCUCAACGUGGGUGGGGGCUGUUCACGCACGGUCCCAACUUGUCACAGCUCGCCGCAACUCGCAUUCCGAGCCGACCCUAG